AUGUUCAAAGUAUUUAGAAUGAAGAUUAGUUCAUUAUUACUCCCACUACUAUAUAUAGAUAACACCUUGUAAAUAACAGGGAGCUAAUAAUCAACUGAAGCUGAACAAAAAUCAUAAAUUUCUAGGAAGGAGUUAAAUUUUUACAGGGAAUUGGCUUUAAGUCACUAUGUUAUAGUAUAAAAAUCAAUAUAAAGAUUAAGGAUUGAAAAAGAUUUGAAGACCUAAGCUCAAAGAGAAUUAUUUGAUGAGUUUGACUGUGUAGUUACUCCUGGUAUUGAUGACUUUGAUGGCACCAGCUCACUUAAUGAUAUUUCAAUGUUUAAGAUAGAUAAGGAGACUAAGGAAUACUACUUAUUGGAUUAUGAUGAAAUGCAUAAUCACACUUUAAGUGAAUCAAAUGAAAUUAUGCCAUACCCUAGUAAGAGAAGAGAAAUACCAAGAUACAAAACAUGGAAGUUUGAAUAAUUUAAAGAGAUACUUGCUCAAGAUGGCGAGUCUCUUAAAGAGAUUGUUAUAAGAAUGGGAAUUGAAAGGGGGUUUCACUUAAAAUAAACAAUGGCCUUCGAAAAGAAUGCCUCAUAUUGA